UCCUCUCGACCUUUUCCAGGUUCGCCCCGUAGAAGGGUAAAGUGAGCUGUUGGUCCGAUUGAGAAGAUGACGACCGACAUCUCGGUGGUGCGCUCGGGUUGGGACCCGACGCUUCAGCAAGAGAUCGUCGAUGAAUACGAAUACGAUGGAGGGAACUCGAGCUCCAGGCUCUUCGAACGGUCUCGAAUCAAGGCACUGGCCGGGGAGCGCGAGUCGGUCCAGAAGAAGACGUUCCAGAAGUGGGUGAACUCCCACCUGGUGAGAUGCUCCUGCAGGAUCGGAGAUUUAUACGUGGACCUGCGGGACGGCAAGAUGCUGAUAAAACUCCUGGAGAUCCUCUCCGGGGAGCGGCUACCCCGGCCGACGAAGGGGAAGAUGCGCAUCCACUGUCUCGAGAACGUGGACAAGGCGCUGCAGUUCUUACGGGAGCAGAGAGUCCACCUGGAGAACAUGGGCUCGCACGACAUCGUCGACGGGAACCCUCGCCUGAGCUUGGGUCUGAUCUGGACCAUAAUCCUGCGCUUCCAGAUCCAGGACAUCACGAUCGAGGAGACCGACAACCAGGAGACCAAGUCCGCCAAGGACGCGCUUCUCCUCUGGUGCCAGAUGAAGACCGCCGGGUACCACAACGUAAACGUCCGGAACUUCACGACCUCCUGGAGGGACGGCCUCGCGUUCAACGCCAUUAUCCACAAGCACCGUCCCGACCUGAUCCACUUCGAUAAGCUGUCGAAGUCGAACGCGAUCUACAACCUGAACAACGCGUUCAACGUCGCCGAGGACAAGUUAGGCUUGACGAAGCUCCUCGACGCCGAGGACAUCUUCGUCGACCACCCGGACGAGAAGUCGAUAAUCACGUACGUGGUGACCUACUACCACUACUUCUCGAAGAUGAAGCAGGAGACGGUCCAGGGUAAGCGGAUCGGCAAGGUGGUGGGCAUCGCGAUGGAGAACGACCGGAUGAUCCACGAGUACGAGAGCCUGACGAGCGACCUGUUGAGGUGGAUCGAGGCGACCAUCCAAGCAUUGGCGGGACGGAAAUUCGCGAACUCCCUCGUCGGGGUCCAGUCCCAGCUGUCCCAGUUCUCUAACUACAGGACCGUCGAGAAACCCCCGAAAUUCGUGGAGAAGGGCAACCUGGAGGUGCUGCUCUUCACCCUGCAGUCGAAGAUGAGGGCAAACAACCAGAAGCCGUACAUCCCGAAGGAGGGCAAGAUGAUCUCGGACAUAAACAAGGCCUGGGAAAGGCUGGAGAAGGCGGAGCACGAGCGGGAGCUCGCCCUGAGGGAGGAGCUCAUCCGUCAGGAGAAGCUGGAGCAGCUGGCUGCGAGGUUCAACCGGAAGGCGAGCAUGAGGGAGACCUGGCUCUCGGAGAACCAGCGACUCGUCUCCCAGGACAACUUCGGCUUCGACCUGGCGGCCGUGGAGGCCGCCGCGAAGAAACACGAGGCCAUAGAGACGGAUAUCUUCGCCUACGAGGAGCGCGUCCAGGCCGUCAUGGCUGUCUCUCAGGAGCUGGAGGCCGAGAAGUACCACGACAUCGAGAGGAUCAACCAGCGCAAGGACAACGUCCUCCGGCUCUGGCACUACCUCCUGGAGCUACUCCGCGCCAGGAGGCUCAGACUCGAGUCCUCGCUUCACCUGCAGCAGAACUUCCAGGAGAUGCUCUACAUCCUCGACAGCAUGGAGGAGAUCAAGAUGAGGCUGCUGACCGACGACUACGGGAAGCACCUCAUGGGCGUCGAGGACCUUCUGCAGAAGCACUCGCUGGUAGAGGCCGACAUCAACGUCCUGGGCGAGAGAGUCAAGGCCGUGGUCCAGCAGAGCCAGAAGUUCCUCGAACAGGGGGAGGGCUAUCGUCCCUGCGACCCGACCAUCAUCGUCGAGCGAGUCCAGCAGCUGGAAGACGCCUAUGCCGAGCUGGUGCGACUCGCCGUGGAAAGAAGAGCCAGACUGGAAGAAUCCCGCAAGCUCUGGCAGUUCUACUGGGACAUGGCCGACGAGGAGAACUGGAUCAAGGAGAAGGAGCAGAUCGUCUCCACCGGGGACAUCGGGCACGACCUGACGACCAUCAACCUCCUGUUAUCGAAGCACAAGGCCCUGGAGAACGAGAUACAGUCCCACGAGCCGCAGCUGAUGACCGUCGCGGCCGUAGGAGACGAGCUCGUUCGACAACAACACUUCGGCUCGGAUCGCAUCCAGGAACGCCUCCAGGAGAUCCUGGGCAUGUGGAACCACCUCCUCGACCUGGCGGCCUUCAGGCGCAAGCGACUCGAGGAGGCCGUCGACUAUCACCAACUCUUCACCGACGCCGACGACGUCGACAUCUGGAUGCUGGACACCUUGCGACUCGUCUCCUCCGAGGACGUCGGCAGGGACGAGGCGAACGUGCAGUCGUUGCUGAAGAAGCACAAGGACGUGACGGACGAGCUGAAGAACUACGCGGCGACCAUCGAACAGCUCCACCAGCAGGCCUCCCAGCUAGGGGAGCAGGACGCAAAGUCGCCAGAGGUCCUGGAGAGGCUUGAGUCCAUCGACUCCAGGUACAAGGAGCUCCUAGAACUCGCUAAGCUGAGGAAGCAGCGACUCCUGGACGCCUCUUCCCUGUACAAGCUCUUCAGCGAGUCCGAUGGCGUCGAGCAAUGGAUCGGCGAGAAGAACCGGAUGCUGGACACCAUGGUCCCGGCCAAGGAUAUCGAGGACGUGGAGAUCAUGAAGCACAGGUACGACGGGUUCGAGAAGGAGAUGAACGCCAACGCUUCCAGGGUCGCCGUGGUGAACCAGCUCGCUCGUCAGCUCCUGCACGUGGAGCAUCCGAAUUCGGAGCAGAUCGUCGCCCGGCAGAAUGCAUUGAACCAGAAGUGGGCGGAAUUGAGGGAGAAGGCGGAGGGCAAGAGGGAAGCCCUCAACUCGGCCCAUGGGGUGCAGACCUUCCACAUCGAGUGCAGGGAGACCGUGUCCUGGAUCGAGGACAAGAAGAGGAUCCUGCAGCAGACCGACAGCCUGGAGAUGGAUUUGACGGGCGUGAUGACCCUCCAGAGGAGGCUGAGCGGCAUGGAGCGCGACCUGGCCGCCAUUCAGGCCAAGCUGGACGCCCUGGAGAAGGAGGCGCAGAUUAUCGAGCAGGAACACCCAGAAGAGGCGGCCGUCAUCCGCGAGAGGAUCACCCAGAUCCACGCGAUCUGGGAACAGCUGACGCAGAUGCUGAAGGAGCGCGACGCCAAGUUGGAGGAGGCCGGAGACCUCCACCGGUUCCUGAGAGACCUGGACCACUUCCAGGCGUGGCUGACCAAGACGCAGACGGAUGUCGCCAGCGAGGACACCCCGACCAGCCUCACCGACGCCGAGAAGCUCCUCACCCAGCAUCAGAACAUCAAGGAGGAGAUCGACAACUACAUCGACGACUACCAGAAAAUGAUGGAGUACGGGGAGAGACUGACCAGCGAGGCCGGGGACGGGGACACGCAGUACAUGUUCCUGAGGGAGAGGCUGAACGCCUUGAAGAUGGGCUGGGAGGAGCUGCAUCAGAUGUGGGCUAAUAGGCAGAACUUGUUGUCCAAUUCGCUGAAUCUUCAGGUCUUCGAUCGGGACGCUCGCCAGGCGGAGGUCCUCCUGUCCCAGCAGGAGCAUAUCCUGGCUAAGGACGAGACGCCCUCGAAUUUCGAGCAGGCCGAGAACAUGAUCAAACGCCACGAGGCCUUCAUGACCACCAUGGACGCCAACGACGAGAAGAUCAACUCCGUGGUCCAGUUUGCCGGGAGGCUGGUGGACGAGGGUCACUUCGCCGCCGACAAGGUGAAGAGGAAAGCGGAGAGUAUCAAUGAGCGCAGGAACAUCAACCGGGAGAAGGCCAACCAGCUGAUGGAGAGGCUGAAGGACCAGCUGCAGCUGCAGAUGUUCCUCCAGGACUGCGAGGAACUCGGGGAGUGGGUCCAGGAGAAGCACAUCACCGCUCAGGACGAGACCUACAGGAGCGCGAAGACGGUGCACAGCAAGUGGACCAGGCACCAGGCGUUCGAGGCCGAGAUCGCCAGCAACAAGGACCGUCUUCAGCAACUCCAGCAGGCCGCCGACGAGCUGAUCCAACAGAAGCCCGAGCUGGCGGAGAUAGUGACGCCGAAGGUCGCCGAGCUGGCCGACCAGUUCGAGGAGCUGAAGACCACGACCCACGACAAGGGGGAGCGACUCUUCGACGCGAACCGCGAGGUCCUGAUCCACCAGACCUGCGACGAUAUCGACUCCUGGAUGAACGAGCUGGAGAAGCAGAUCGAGAGCACCGACACCGGGUCCGACCUCGCCUCGGUGAACAUCCUGAUGCAGAAGCAGCAGAUGAUCGAGACCCAGAUGGCCGUGAAGGCGCGCCAGGUGACCGAGCUCGACAAACAGGCGGAGCAUCUGCAGCGCACCGUCCCCGACGACAAGAUGGAGGAGAUCAAGUGCAAGAAGGAGAAGGUGGCCCAGAGGUUCGCCCAGCUGAAGGCGCCGCUUAUCGACCGGCAGCGUCAUCUCGAGAAGAAGAAGGAGGCCUUCCAGUUCAGGCGCGACGUCGAGGACGAGAAACUCUGGAUCGCCGAGAAGAUGCCCCAGGCCACCAGCACCGAGUUUGGCAACUCCCUCUUCAACGUCCACAUGCUGAAGAAGAAGAACCAGUCCCUGAGGACCGAGAUCGAGAACCACGAGCCGAGGAUCAACUCGGUCUGCCACAACGGGCAGAAGUUGAUAGACGAGGCCCACGAGGACAGCCAGGAGUUCACCAGGCUGAUCUCGGAGUUAACCGAGAAGUGGAGGGAGCUCAAGGACGCCGUCGACGACCGCAACAGGCAGCUCCUGCAGAACGAGAAGGCCCAGCAGUACUUCUUCGACGCCACCGAGGCGGAGUCCUGGAUGAGCGAACAGGAGCUCUACAUGAUGGUCGAGGACCGGGGCAAGGACGAGAUCUCGGCGCAGAACCUGAUGAAGAAGCACGAGUCCUUGGAGCACGCGGUCGAGGACUACGCCGACACUGUCAGGCAGCUCGGCGAGACCGCCAGGCAGCUCAUCAACGACAAGCAUCCUCUGGCCGACCAGAUAGCGGUCAAACAGUCUCAGGUCGACAAGCUUUAUGCAGGCUUGAAGGACCUCGCCGGGGAACGUCGCGCCAAGCUCGACGAGGCUCUCCAGCUCUUCAUGCUGAACCGCGAGGUGGACGACCUGGAGCAGUGGAUCGCCGAGAGGGAGCUGGUGGCCGGGAGUCACGAGCUAGGCCAGGACUACGACCACGUCACCUUGCUCUGGGAGAGGUUCAAGGAGUUCGCCAGGGACACCGACACCAUCGGCUCGGAGAGGGUCGCCGCCGUCAACGGCAUCGCCGAUUCCCUGAUCGCCACGGGACACUCCGACGCUGCCACCAUCGCCGAAUGGAAGGACGGCCUCAACGAGGUCUGGCAGGACCUCCUGGAGCUGAUAGAGACCCGCACUCAGAUGCUGGCCGCCAGCAGGGAACUCCACAAGUUCUUCCACGACUGCAAGGACGUCCUCGGCAGGAUCCUCGAGAAGCAGAACGCCAUGUCGGACGAGCUGGGCCGCGACGCCGGCUCCGUCUCCGCCCUCCAGAGGAAGCACGCCAAUUUCAUCCAGGACCUCUCUACCUUGCAGAGCCAGGUCUCACAGAUCCAGGAAGAGUCUGCCAAGUUGCAAGCCAGCUACGCUGGGGAUAAGGCUAGGGAAAUUACUAACAGGGAGGCCGAAGUGGUCGCAGCGUGGAAUAAUCUACAGUCCCUGUGCGAGGGCAGGAAGGCCAAGCUCGAGGAUACCGGGGACCUGUUCCGGUUCUUCAACAUGGUCAGGACUCUCAUGAUCUGGAUGGACGACGUCGUCAGGCAGAUGAACACCUCCGAGAAACCGAGGGACGUGUCCGGCGUCGAGCUCCUCAUGAACAAUCACCAGAGCUUGAAGGCUGAGAUCGACACCAGAGAGGACAACCUCAUGGCGUGCAUUAACCUCGGCAAGGACCUCCUCGCCAGGAACCAUUAUGCCAGUGCCCAGAUCAAGGAGAAAUUGGCCACUCUCACCAACCACAGGAACGCGUUGCUGCAUCGCUGGGAGGAACGCUGGGAGAAUCUGCAGCUCAUCCUGGAGGUCUACCAGUUCGCCAGGGAUGCAGCGGUUGCAGAGGCUUGGCUGAUCGCCCAGGAACCGUACCUCAUGAGCCAGGAGCUUGGUCAUACCAUCGACGAAGUCGAGAACCUGAUCAAGAAGCACGAGGCUUUCGAAAAGUCCGCCGCGGCCCAGGAGGAGAGGUUUAGCGCGUUGGCACGACUCACCACCUUCGAGCUGAAAGAACUGAAGCGACGAGAGCAGGAGAGAGAGGAAGAGGAGAGACGCAAGAAGGAGGAAGCAGCCGCUGCAGAGGCUGCCAGGUUGGCUAAAGCUACCCCUGUUACUAGUCCCGAUGAACCACCCAGCGACAGACCCGACGGUGAGGGCUCGCCGAGCCGGGACCACGCAGCCGGCGAAGACGACUCCCAUGUGGCACUCCGCAAGGCUUCUACACGUACACCGCAACCUCAAGAAAAGCCCAAGGAAGUGCAUGCUCAGAAGCCUGGGCGACUGUCGUUACCGGAAGAGGCGAAACCACCUGUCACACCAUCCACUCCGAAAUCUCCAGCCCGCGUUGCAUCCACUCCGACAACUCCCAAGGGUGGCUCCGAGUCCGGCACUUUAAAGCGCAAGGAGCGUAGCCGCAGCAAGUCGCCCUUCCGCAGCUUCCGUUGGAGAAAAUCCGCCAAGUCGCCGAGUUUAGAUCGCAGCGGGGUGAGCGAUGACGAGCACAGUUUCCCCGAGCAAAGAAGCCCGACCGACGACGAGUACGAGGGUACCCUUGUACGAAAGCACGAGUGGGAGAGCACGACGAAGAAGGCCUCCAAUCGGUCCUGGGACAAGGUGUACAUGGUCGUCCGUGGACAAAACCUGGUCGCGUACAAGGAUCAGAAAUCGUACAAGUCUGCUCCUGAUCAACCAUACAAGGGAGAGUCGCCCUUGGACCUUAGAGGCGCCACCGUUAUCGUUGCCAGCGACUACACCAAGAAGAAACACGUCUUCCGAGUAAAGUCGCAGAGCGGAGCCGACUUCCUGUUCCAGGCCAAAGAUGACGCAGAGAUGAAGGACUGGGUGUCGAUGUUGAACCAGGCUGCACAAGGCACGUCAGGCGCAAGUACCUCCAAAGCGCAUACAUUGCCCGCCCCGACGCAAGCCGAGACCAAGCGGCGCAGUUUCUUCACUCUCAAGAAAAACUAAACUGGAGCAGUGCAAGUACGGGAAGCCGCUAACGUGCGCCAGCGCAACAAUACGUCGAGCGAAGAUGGAAUAAUUUGCGCCGCUUUACCCCGUAAAGCCGCGCCAAUAAGAAGAGGAAGAAGGGAAGAGGAAGAUAACGCAAAUUAUAGGAGACUCGGCCAGGAAUGAGUUUAACGCGCGACGCAGGAUUUUCCACAGUUGAGGGUGGAGAAGAAAAAAGAAAGAAUCUAACAAAAGUUGUCCUGGCCGAGUCGGCAAUCGCGCGUAAAACUUUCGAAGAUGCCUACCUCGGCGCGUUUUCGAAAUUUAGACGGUCUGCAAUAUCGCUAAUGAUAGAGACGCAGAAGA